CCCUGCCUCUCCCUCGGGACGUUUCCGGAGGCAGCAGCUGGGAGGAGGCGGUUCAGAGCUACUUGGGCCGGCCCCGGCUCUUAGGCCAGGUAUUGAGCUGGAGUGGACAAGACUUACUUCCUGGUGGUGACGUGCAUUCAGAUGCCCAAGUGAAGGUCCCAGGUAGAGAGAUGAUCUCGAUUAAUCAGAAAUCAGUCACCUUCAAGGAUGUGGCUGUGGAUUUCACUGAAGAGGAAUGGAGACAACUGAGCCCUACUCAGAGACAGUUGUACAGGGACGUGAUGCUAGAGAACUACAGAAACCUAAUUUUUCUAGAACGAGGGGAAGAGCCAUGGACGGUGGAGAGAGAAGUCCCAGGAAGCACCUGUGCAGAUUGGGAGACUAAUCCUGAAACCAAGGAAUCAGCUCCAAAGCUAGGUAUGGCUGUGGAAGAGCUAUCCCUGCAAAGCCUUACAAGGUUUAGUCCCCAGGGCCACAGGUUGGGAGAUGCCUGGAAAUAUGAUGUCAAGUUUGAGGGACAACAGGAUAAUCAAGAGAAAAAUUCUAUGCAAGUAACAGUCACCCAAAGGAAAGUUCCUAAUAAACUGAGGGGGCACGAAUGUAAUAAAUUUGGAAGAAGCUUCAAUCUUGGAUCAAUCCUUGUCCCACCUCAAAAAAUUCCUAUCAAAAAGAGUCUGCAUAAAUAUAGUACAUAUGGAAGAAGCCUUAAACAGUAUUCUAGCCUGAUAAAAUGUAGUAGAAUCUCCUCAGAGCCUUUUAAGGGUAACGAAUCAGGCAGAGCCUUCUGUUACUAUUCUGGGAAAAAAGCUCACAAAUAUAAUGAAAGUGGAAAGGCUUUUAGUCCUGGACAAAAAUCUCAUAAAUGUAGUGAACCUGGUCAGGUCUUCCCUCACAACUCAUCCUUCACUAAGCAUCUGAAAGUCCAUAUUGGAGAGAAACCUUAUAAAUGUAAUGACUGUGGGAAAAUCUUUGGCUACAUUUCAUCCCUUAUUAAUCAUCAACGAAUACAUACUGAAGAAAAGCCCUAUGCAUGUAAUUCAUGUGGAAAGUCCUUCAGAGACAGGUCAUACCUUACUCAACACCAGAGAAUUCACACUGGAGAGAAACCCUAUAAGUGUAAUGAAUGUGGAAAAGUUUUUAUCCGAGGUACACAUCUUACUCGACACCAGAGAAUUCACACUGGAGAGAAACCUUAUCAUUGUAAUGAAUGUGGGAAAGCCUUCAAUCAGAGCACACAUCUUAUUCAGCACCAGAGAAUUCACACUGGGGAGAAACCCUACAAAUGUAAUGUAUGUGGGAAAGCCUUCAGCCAGAGCACAUAUGUUAUUCAACAUCAGAGACGUCACACUGGAGAGUACCCCCAUAAGUGUGAGGAAUGUGGGAAAGCCUUCAGCCAAAGGUCAUCUCUUAUUGAGCAUCAGAGAAUCCAUACUGGAGAGAAACCCUGUGUCUGCAAUGAAUGUGGGAGAGCUUUUAGGAGUUACCCAUCUCUUACUAAACAUCAAAGAAUUCAUACUGGAGAGAAACCCUAUUUGUGUAAUGAAUGUGGGAAAGCCUUUAGCCGCAGUGCUUACCUUACUCAACAUCAAAGAAUUCAUACUGGAGAGAAGCCCUUUAAUUGUAUUGAAUGUGGGAAAAGUUUCAUCCGGAGUGCACACCUUAUUGAACACAAAAGAAUUCACACUGGAGAGAAACCCUAUGAAUGCAGUGAAUGUGGAAAAGCUUUCAGCAACCGCUCAUCUGUUACCAAACAUCAAAAAAUUCACACUCAAGCAAAACACCAUGAAUGCAGUGAUUGUGGGAACACCUUUAUUAAGAAAUCAUUACUCCUUCAACAUCGUAAAAUCCAUAUUGGAAAGUAACUAUACAUAUAAUGACAAUGGGAAAGCUUCAGUCACAGCAACCAUUAGCUAUAUGUAUUUAUGAAAGAAUUCAUCCUGGUGGAACUCCCCAUUAAUGAAAUGAAUAUUGGACAGCUUUCAGAUGCAGAUAUCAUUUGAGACUUCAUACUAGAGAAUAAUCGUGGGAUGCGAAAGAUUCAUGAUCUCAUUGAUAUGAAGAAACUGAAGCCCAGUGGGGAGGUUGACACAACAGGAUUGGAAGAUGUAGGACAAGGAUCUAGGUCUCCUGGUAAUGGAUGAUAGCUGGUAUCUGGAUGCUGCUGUAAGGUUGUUCUCACACCAGUGUUCUCUCCUCACACCUGGGAGGGAUAGAGUUCACUUAUUCUGUCCAUUUUACAGAUGAGGAAACUAAGACUUAAGAGAGGGGAAGCGACUUCUCUAAGAUGACACAGCCAUUAAAUGUCAGAGGGGAGACUUGAAAAACUGGUCUUCUGCCUUUAAAAGCAGCACUCAUCUCUUGACUUCAGCACAGCCCUAGGGCUUCUUCACAUCCUGACUCUCCGCCUCACUCCUGUUCAGUGUUCACUCUUCUAGGCUCUUGGUUCCCAUCACGUUCACAAAGGUGAGAUUCUGUGGUUCUGUCUGAGUGUUUAUACACAGGCCCACAGAAACAUGCCCACUCUUAGCACUACUCUGAAGGAAGUGGACAAAGGCCUUCCUUAAUUUCCUGAGAAAUUGGUGCUGUGGGUGAUUCAAAGAAUUCGCCACAAUCCCUGCCCUCAUUGAACAUUUACUCUAGUAGGAGAGAAGGCACACCACACCUUGUCAUGUGGAAAGGUCACAAGACAGGCACAGAAUUUCUGAAGAUGAGGUCACUUUCAGGGGGAGAACUAGGGAAGUAGAUCUGGGGAUGAGGCAGGAUUUUUGUUAGGGCUUGAAGCCUCUAAAGUAGAAUUUGACAAGAGAGAAGGGAAGACUUUCUGAUUGAAGGAAAUAGUGCAUAAAAACACAGUAGGGGGAAAGGACUCAGCAGGAGCAGUGGGAUUUAAGCCCAGAGAAGGAGAAGGGCAGAUGGCCCUGAAUGCCAAACUUCUCUAGAGACAGUGUAGUGCAGGAGACCUCUGUUGAGAGUUCAGCUUCAACACGACUAGCUAGCAUUUAGAGAGUACCCACCUUGUGCCAGGCCCUGGGCCAAGCACUUGACACACCUCAUAUGACCCUUACAGCAGCCCUGCCAAGUGCUAUCUAUCAUCAUCAUCACCCCCAAUUUUACAGGUGAGGACACUGAGGCAGACAAGUGAAAUGACUUGCCCAGGGUCACAGCCGGAGAAGUGUUCAAGGCAGGAUUCAAAUUCAGAUCUUCCUGACUUCAAGUCCAGUACUUUAUCCAUCGCACCACCUAGAUGGGCCUUAGUUUGUCCAUUCUUAGAACGGAGGUAAUUAUACUUGUACUACCUCUACAAAAUUAUGAAAAAAUGCUCUAUGUAUCUUAAAGUGCUAUCGAAAUGUGACUCGUUUUGUAGACAUGAAGAGAGCAUUGGGGAUGAGCUACUGUCUCCUCUUAGAAUCUAUCAUAGAAAAGUAGAUACAGUAUGGCAUGGUGGGCACUCACCAAUUGUGUGACCAUGGAAAAUCUCUUAACCUUUCUGAUCCUCAGGCAGAUCUCUGGCUUAUCCACUAUGGCAGAGAGAGGCCGUCAUCUACCUUGAAGGAGGACAUUCCCAAACUUGACAUAUUGAGGAUUAUUUCAAAUAACAGGCCAGUUGCUAGAGAGUUGGUCCCCUAGGAGAGGCGUGAGCACCAUCUUCUGGAGCCUGAGGAGAACAUCGAAACUAUAGAGGACAAUACGUGCGUGGGGUUGGCAGUGAAGGGACCACUGGCUGGAAGGUGAGAGGAGCUUGGAUAAGUGGUUUGCAGAGGAUAGAAAGAGGGCAAAGGGUGAAAGUACCACCUUCUGGGAGCUGAGCAGAGCUGCAGAAAGUAUGUCUGCAGAGGCCCGAGAACAAACCUGGUGAUGAAGCAACUGUAGCCUGCUGUGAGCCAGGAAGAACUGCAGGAAAGGAUGACGAAAGGAAGGAUGGAGGACAGGCACAGGCGGCAGCCACCACUCACCUGCUGGGAGCAUCGAGAGGGAGGAGGCUAUUGUAGAGGAGCAAACUCCUUUUUUUUUUUUUUUCAAUUUUCUUUUAUUUUUCAAUUAACAGGAUUUCUUCUUUCCCUCCCUGCCCCCUCCUACCAUUUAAAAGGAAAACAAAAUCCUUAUUAUACCAAAUACACACACGGGGCAAAACAGAUUCCCAAUAUCCAUGUUCAAAAAUGUUUCAUUUUGCAUAUGGAAUCCAUGACUUCUCUGUCGGGAGGUGGGCACUACAGAUGAUUCUAAUUCCUUUGGAAUCAUGGUUGGUCAUUGCAUCAAUCAGAGAUCCCGAGUCUUACAGAAUUGUUUGUCUUUACAAUAUUGUUAUUAUAGGAAUUGUUUGAGGAUCACACUCCUACAACUCUUGUUCUUAGCUGAUAUGAGGAAGUCCGAUAUAAGUCACUUAGACUUUACAGACCCAUGGAAAUUAUGGUAGCUCAUUGGUGGGUAUUCUUUCCUAUAGGUUUGGAUAUGACUUCUGUAGGUUUUCAGUAACUUAUAAGUAAGAUUGUUCAUGUUAUAAGACUUGUAGUUCAUUGGGGGGUAUUCUUUCCUGUGGUCUUGAAUGUUAGUUCUAUAGAUUUCCAGUAACUUGUAAAUAAAAUUGUUCAUGUUAUAAGACUUGUGAAUCUGUGUGCUUGUAUGGGGAUAUGGUGAUUACCCUUGAGGAGGCUGUAAACAAGAGAACGUAGAGGCCCCCAAAGUAUCAACAUCUUUGUGUCAGGAGGGGGCCUCUGACAGGUUUUGCCACAUUUAUUAUUUAUUAGUUUCCUUCCCAGAGACAUGUGGAUGCACUGUGUCUCUUAUUUCUCCUUCUCAGUCGCACCACAUAUAUCCCUCAAUUGCUAGAGAGGCCGUCAGUUCUUCCUUCACACCCUUUCCAAAAUUUUAUCAUGGAUUAUUUUCCCCAUGUUUAACAUGGAGCUAAUAAUUUUGACAGCCAACGGAGGUGACUGAUCUGCAUCCACAAGCUCCCCAAUUCAACAGGAUAUUUGGGCCAUAGACCGACAGGAUAUAAACAGCUUUCCAAGUUCAAGCCAGAUGAGCUCCUGUUUUUAAAAAAUCUGAAUAAA